AGGGGCUCUGGAAUUCUUUACAUCAAUUUAAGAAGAUUUAACAACUUUGAGUUCUCUCCAGAGGGUAAAGGUAAACGUUUUAGGUACCUGUGAGGGAAGAAGGAAGAAUCUGGGGGUUGACCACUCAGUGAAUUUCAUGUCAGUGAAGUUGUGGGAUCAGAUAAACUACGUGAGUUUAUACCUGUGGAGAAAUUGGCUCAAAGGCCCAAGGUACUGCCCCUUCCAGGAUCAGCACUGCUCACUGUCCCCUACCUCAUCUAGGUCUCUCUGCUGGGCAGUGAAAGAAGAAGAGAAACACUAUUAGCUUCUAAAGAAUGAAGAUUUUGAUAAUGAUUGCUUUUGUCCUUGCAGCUGGCUUGAUGGAUGCUAUUGGCAGCUCUGAUCUACAGAACUGUUUUCAAGAGCAGAUACGACUUCAGGGCCAGGUGAGGCUUCUGGAACAUCGUGUGAAACAGCAGCAGUUAAAAGUUAUACAGCUUUUAGAGAAGAAAGAGAUUCAGUACAGUGACAGAGGAGAUGAAAACAGUGUCAUUGACUUGGGAGGAAAAAGACAGUAUUCAGAUUGUGCAGAAAUCUACAACGACGGCCAUAAGCAAAGUGGAUUUUAUAAAAUGAAACCUAUCCAGAGCCCUGCUGAAUUCCUUGCCUUCUGUGACAUGUCUGAAGGGGGUGGUUGGACUGUUUUUCAGAGACGUUCUGAUGGCAGCCAAAAUUUUGAUAGAGUCUGGACUGACUAUGAAGAAGGCUUUGGAAAUUUUGUUAUGCCAAAUGGUGAAUAUUGGCUUGGAAAUAAAAAUCUUCAUUAUUUGACUAAUCAGGGGAACUAUACUUUAAGAAUUGAUCUAACUGAUUUUGAAGGAGAGCGGCGUUUUGCACAAUAUGCAAGAUUUGGAGUUGCAGGUGAAGAGCAAUCUUAUGAGAUGAGCUGUGGUGAAUACUCUGGUACCGCUGGUGAUUCCCUUACUGGUGGAUUUCAUCCUGACGUGAAAUGGUGGGCUGAUCAUCGAGGAAUGAAAUUCAGUACUCGAGACAGGGACAAUGACAACUAUGAAGGGAACUGUGCUGAAGAGGAAAAGUCUGGCUGGUGGUUUAACAGGUGUCACUCUGCCAACUUGAACGGUUUGUACUACAAAGGCCCCUACACUGCCGAGACAGACAACGGGAUUGUUUGGUACACUUGGCAUGGGUGGUGGUAUUCUCUGAAAUCUGUUGUCAUGAAGGUCAGACCAGCAGACUUUGAACCUAAUAUUGUUUAAAUAUUUUAUUAAGACGAUUUAUCUAGUUAAUCUUUUAGCAAAUCAAUCUAAAUUAAAACAGAUGGGCAGAUUGUUGCUUCUCAUCUAUGCAUAUAUAAAUCCAGAAUAAUUCCUCUACAACCAGUAGUUUUAUGAGAUGUAAAUGAGAAGACAGUCUGACUUGUGAAUCUGUAGAUACAAUAUAUUGACAUUUGGACUUUACUGAAAGCCUAAAUAACAAAAUCUGCAACUAAUUUUAAUGUCAGCUCUGCUUUGAACAUAGGCUACCAUGAUGCAUAUGUAGAGGGAAGUGUAUUUCAUGUGCAACUAAAAUCUGGCAUUUUAGAGGUUCUUAGUGCUUGACGCUACAGAUAUUUACUUUCUUUAUAUAUCUGUAAGUCAAAUGCCUUGUUCAGUCACUUCAAAGCGGUUCUUCCUCUAAGCCUGUUAUCUUUUCCUUUUCCUACAUCCUUGUCUUGGCUCCCUGGGCUUUCUCCCUUCUAAACUGAAGAUCCACGUUUUUCUUGUACAAGAAAAAUUGUAAGAGAGACUCUGCCUACCCCUAGCUUUUGUGCCUAGCACCACAAUAGACUCCAAUUGCCAGUAAUAACAAGAAUCGUUGAUUAGUGCUUGCUGCCAUGGAGAAGUUAGGAGCACUUCUAGAAAUCUAUCUGAUGAAAUGUAAUCUAUUUCUGCUGAGAAGAUGCAAAUUAAGAUUUUAAAAAGCACAUGGAUCUGAGCCAAACUUGGGCACUUUUAUUUUCCUCCUUCUCUAAAAUAAUUUUGCUUUUGUGGUUGGACUGUCAGUCUCUCUCUCUCUGUCCAAAUACAGUUUUUGAACCUGGCAGCCGGUUUCAGUCAAGCUUAACAUAAUGGAAACUAACUUUUGGCAAUCCAUCAGUCAAUUCAUAACUACAUUGAUAUGAAUACAGGACAGCUGAAUGAUAAUUCCCUGCAUGGCCAUUUUUCCUUCCAUUUCCAUCCUCCAAAACCAGAAGUUUGGCAAGAAUUCUUGAAAGAAUUGCAUGGAAUAAGGGAGGGAGGAUGUGUAAAACAACUGGAGGGAAGAAAAGAGAGGUUCACAUGAAACAGUUUCACUCAAUUAGAUAAAUCAGAUUACACCUAAACAAA